ACUGCUGGAUGUGUAAAUAAGCAACUGUUUGCUAAGAAGUUCGCCAUAUCAACUUAAAAGGCUCAUCUCUCUGUAAAGGGCACAGAGGAGAGGGAAUGAGGAUCAUGAUGUUUGCACCUUACUUCUGCUUCAAAGUCAUCAUUCAUUCAGUUAAGGCUAUGGAAUUGCAGAACUACGAUUCCCAGAAUGCCACAGGGGCCUUUUUAGUCCAACCACAGCGCUGCUCCUGGUUGACCAUGUGUUGUGCGACUGCCACCGGACGGCUGUCUGUAGAAAGUGCAGGAAAACGUGCCACACAGUGACACACACACACAACCAUGCAGGCAGCUCAACCCGGACCAGCACCACCAGCAGCAGCGGCAGCAGCAGCAGAAAUGUAAAGAUGGAUUAGAAAAUGAUGUGCCUCAUCAUCAACAUGUUCCCGGGAGUUUUCUAUGCACUGCUGGCGGGUUUCCUCGGGGCCGUGGCGUCGUCGUCGGCCAAGCUGUCCCUCGGAGCCGACUAUCUGAAGGGAGUCUGUGAAACCGGACUCCGGACGUGGGGAGAGCAGAGGAAAUUCAGACAAGCGGACGAAACUACCGCCUGUGACCGGCUUCAUAUCCCUCUGAGGCUGCUGUGUGGCGGGCUGCUUUUCACCUGCAAUGCUGUGAUGUGGACCUUUCUUGCCAAAGCACUCAGGUAUUCCUCCUCCUCCACCCGAACCACUGUGACCACCACCGCCUCCAACUUCAUAUCUUCCGCUUUCCUGGGCCAGCUGAUCUUUGGUGAAGCCCAGAUAACGUUGUGGUGGGUUGGGAUCUCCCUGACCUUCUCUGGUCUGUUGGUACUGCAGAGGGUUUCACCGCAGGAACAAAACGCAGAGAAGGACGAAUAAUAUGUGGUGUGUUUUGGUCGGCCUCUCCUCUGAAUUUAACAUCUAGCCAAAGAAUAGUGAAAUCUUAAAACUACUUUUAUUGAAUUCUGCAUUACGGUGAAAGAACAAGAAAAAUCUCAAAUGUUGCUGUCAAUCCUCCCUCAGUCACUAGUUUUAUUAAACAAAUUGUUUCCUGAUUAACUUAAUGCCACUCAAAAUGUGUCCUUCCUGAUAAACAGGAAAUGCUUUAUUUGAAAUCAGUGACUAUUUAUCCUUCAGGUUGCAGUUUGUGGCCAUUUAGGCUGAGAAACACUGCUGGCUAAAAUCAGAGGAGAUGGUGGCCUUCAGCCAGACUGGCCAUGGCUCAGCUACAGUCUGGCUGGGUGGAGACAAGCUAAUGGAUACCUGCGGCCAGCUUCCCAGAAGCUCUAAAAUAAUCUUUGUCCACAGGCUUACAAUGAAGCAAAAAUGUUACUAGCUUUACUUUACUUUUGGGGAAUCUUUCAGGCAACAACAGCCCAACAACUCAUGAUCUAAUAGAACUGAUGUGAAGGGACUGAAAAGAAUAAUUUGAUAAUUUGGGAAAUACACUUAUUUGCUUUCCUGCCAAGAGUUAGAUGAGAAGAUUGAUACCACACUUAUGUCUGUCCGAUUAAUAUGAAACUGAAGCUAGCAGCCAGUUAGCUCAGCUUAGCAUAAAGACUGGAAACAUGGGGAAACUGCUAGCCUGACUCUAUCUGAAGGUAACAAAAUCUGCCUACCAGCACCCCCAAAGCUCACUGAUUAACAUGUUAUAUCUUGUUUGUUUAAUUCUAACCACCAGUAAAACCACAAAUACUGUUUUUUACACUUUGGUUUUUGUACGAAUUAAACAAACAAGAUUUUGUUACCUUUGGACAGAGCCAGGCUAGCUGUUCCUCUCUGUUUCCAGUCUUUAUGCAAAAUUAAGCUAACAUUCUCUUGGCUGUGGCUUCAUAUUUAACGGACAGACACGAGAGUGGUAUCGAUCUUCUCAUCUAACUGCAAGAAAGGUAAAAAGUGCAUUUUUCAAAACUUUUGAAUUAUUCCUUUAAAGGAAGAGACAGAUAAUAUAAUAUAUACAGUAUAUAAAAUUUGAGAACCUAUGUGCAUAUUGAAAGACUGAUCUGAAGUCAAUCUUUUGGGUUUUGUUCAUGAGCAACGGACAAAUAGCGUCAUUGGCUAUGCGCAUGAUGUCACCAUUAAUCAGCCUGUGCAUUAUUGCAGCCGUCAGAUCACCUAAGCUUUAUUAAUUCUCACAUUUUCUUAAGUUACUACGACACUCACUGUAAACGUCCCACACUGACGUUGCAUUUUAUGCAUGCUCAAGGCGAUAUUAUAAAUGAAGCUGUUAGCUAACGAGGUGUGCUGCUUUUUCACAAGUAAUAAUACUAAUGUAGCGCUGAAAGGCUCAUCCCUGCUAAGAUUUAGCUCUCUGCCUGGGUCUUUCUUUUACUUUUAUUUACCUUUUAUUGACAGCUUGAACCUUAACCUCAAGAUAUGAGCAUGACAUGUUUUCAGAGGCAGCUGGUCUUCCAUUUCAUGAUAGAUGUGUGCAUGUUCCUACCAAGGCCUAAACUCAAAUAGCAUCCUGUCCACCAUCAGUCCACAUCAGAGUGACGUCCCUGUGAGCUGCUUCAUUUCAUUAAAAUCAGAAUCUUGUGCUUAAGUGGCCAAACUGUCUCCAGCGUAGGAGACAUCACAUGGCCUCUUGAGCUUUAUGUGCUCUGCAUUUGCCAUUUCAUAUUAUUCUGUUGCACAUCAUGAAUAUCAGUCCAUCACCUGUCAUCUCUCUGGGUUUCAUAGACACCUGGCUUCAUUUAAAGCUUCCCUCUACAUCCCCGGAGUUGUCAGUGAGAGUGCAAUAACAUUAUACUUCUUUAAGUCUCAACACUGUGAUGUGUGUAACAGUGAGGGAGCUUUGAGCAUUAAUAAAUGGCGAUAUAUGCUACUAGAAGGAUGUUUCUGUUAGCAUAAAUCAGCUAAGUAAGUAUACUGUAAUAUACAGGGAUUUGCCUGAACAUGACAUCAAAGAUUGCUUUAUCAAACAGUAUUUUAAGAUCACACUUUGCUGUUGUUUGGAUACAUAUCAUAAUAUAAAUGCAUAACGGUAGCUAUAAUACCUGUCUGUAAUAUCCCACAGCAGCAAUGCACAAAUAUAUCAGAUGUCCUUCCAACCGCUGCUGUGCAGGUUUUGUAUCGUGAUUUACAUGCAUCCCUAUUAAUGUGACUGCAGUGACAAUGUGAUUAUACAGCUCUCAUAUUAAAGGCCAGCUGAGUGAUGUUUCAUUACAGGGCUGUACUCACCACGCAGGAUUUUUCAGCAGUGGAGAUCACUCACAGCCACGCAGAAGUGAAUUCAGUUUGUGACUCCACAUUUUGGGAUCCUGCGUGUGUUUGCAUUAUUUAAAAAUAUUAGUUAAACAUUCUGGGAAAUUAGGCAUAAUCGCUUUUUUGCAGAGAGUCAUAAAAAAUAUUGAUACCACUCCCACGUUUGUCCGAUUAAUAUGAAACUGAAGCUAGCAACUGGUUAGCUUAGCAUUGCAUAGAGACUGAAAACAGGGGGCAACAGCUAGCUUGGUUCUGCCCAAAGAUAAAAGCCAUCUACCACCACCUGCAACGCUCACUAAUUAACACCUUAUCUCUCAAUUGUUUGAUCUGUACAAAAACUGGGGAGUUAAAACAACAAUUUGUGGUUUUACAGAGGGUUAUGUGCUGGAGUAUUUCUUGGUCAGGAGCAGUGACUUCCUGGAGUCUUGUCGUCACUGUGAGGUCCAACUGAUUAACGAGCAUGUGAAUUAGUGAGCUUUCUUGAUGAGAUUUUGUUACCUUCAGACAGAGCCAGGCUAGCUGUUUCCCCCGUUUACAGUCUUUAUGCUAAGCUAAGCUAACUGUCUCCUGGCUGUAGCUUUAUAUUUAACAUACAGAUGUUAAGAGUGGUAUUAAUCUUCUCAUCUAACUCCCAGCAAGAAAGUGAAUAGGUUUUUCCCAAAAUGUCGAACUAUUCCUUUCUUCUACCUUUAAUAUCAGUAGAUUUUUUUGGUGCCUGGCUUUUCUCCAGUUAACAGCAUGAUAUGAGGGUAAACCAUCUACCUGUGAACCCACUCUUACUGUAAUAUAACUAGUCAGAGCUUUGCAGUAGCCACAUUUAUAGCUCUGUGACAGCGGCAUGGCCCUGAGUGUGAUGUAUUUAUAUCCGUGUGCACAUAAAAUGUAGAUGUGGUUGUACAGAGAGAUUAGAAAACCACUGAAAUACGAUCUUGACCUGUCAAGGUGUGUGACAAGUUAAUGCUGCACUGCAAGAAAACAACAGUAAAUUUAUAAGGACUUCUUGUGAAUCAGUAAAGUUUUGACCUAUUUCUUGGUAGAAUAAUGGAAAAGAGACUGAUUUUGCAUUAGUUUGUAGGUACUUUUAAAGUAUGUACAGUAGCAGUAUAUCUGCUCUGAUAUAAACUGUUCAUAAUGUGUCUUAAAGAUUAUGUGAAACAAACAUUUGUAAAAGUGUAAAUAUAUUAAUAGGAACCACUGAGAGAAGAAACACUGUUGAAUUAUUAAACAUCUCAUCCGACAAA